GGGGGAGGAGCGAUGGCGUCACAGGCUCGAUGACCCAGGGAGAGAGGAGGAGGAGGAGGAGGUGACAGGCAGAGGGACGCAGUCCUCCUCCGGCGACGCUGCUCCUCGGUGUGUGUGUGUGAUCACACGGUGCACGGCUCUGGAUAUUCCGGUUAUCGCUCUCACUGUCCCUCUCAUCGCCGGGCUGUGAGGCUUCUCCGACGGUUAGCUUUGUAGCCACAUGGCCAGCUAUCACAGCGACGCUAACUGUUGUUAGCAAGCUGGCUUCAGCUCAACACACGGACCCGGCGAAGUGAAGAGCCGAGGAGGUGAAAUGGCCAGAGUUCCCUCGGAUAGCUCUUUCAGAAGACACAGCGACUAAGCAGACGGAACAGCUCCACAUUUCUUUAGUGGUCCCAGUCAUCGGUUGUUGGUGUUACUCUAAUCCCCAUCAUGGUGCAGAAGUACCAGUCACCCGUGCGGGUGUACAAGCAUCCCUUUGAGCUGGUGAUGGCGGCCUAUGAGCGCAGGUUCCCCACCUGUCAUCUCAUUCCCAUGUUUGUGGCGAGUGACGUGAUGGUUGAGGAGGCCAGUGAAGAUGGAUCAACCCACAGAAUUGAGCGCCGCUGUGCCCUGGACGUGGACGCUCCACGCCUGCUCAAAAGGAUCGCUGGUGUGGACUACGUCUACUUCAGCCAGAAAAACACUCUGAACCGAAAGGAGAGGACGCUGCACAUUGAGUCCCAUAAUGAGACCUUCUCCAACAGGGUCAUCAUCCAUGAGACCUGCUGUUAUUCGGUUCACCCGGAGAAUGAGGAGUGGACGUGCUUUGAGCAGACCGCCAGUCUGGACAUCAAGUCAUUCUUUGGCUUUGAGAGCACAGUAGAAAAGAUUGCUAUGAAGCAGUAUGCCAGCAGUAUCAACAAGGGAAAAGAAAUAAUUGAGUUCUACCUAAAGGAGCUACAAGAUGAGGGGAUCACUCACAUACCCCGCUGGAGUUCCUCCUCCGAUUCCCCGCCUCCUCCUAGGCCGACCAGCCUAUCCACCAGCCCGCCUGACCCCCCCAAGCUCGUGAUCACACCCGCUGUUUCUAUUCCACUGCCCGCCAACGCCAAGGACAGCACCUCCCAAGACACCAAGCAGGACAUCACCACGCUUCAGACAGACAGCCUAACUGAGAUUCUGGCCGGUACACCUGAAGACAAGCUGGAUGCAGACUAUAUCAAACGUUACCUUGGCGACCUGACCCCCCUGCAGGAGAGCUGUCUGAUCAGACUUCGCAAAUGGUUGCAGGAGACACACAAGGGAAAGAUCCCUAAGGACGAGCACAUCCUGCGUUUCUUGCGGGCCAGAGACUUCAACAUAGACAAGGCCCGUGAGAUCCUGUGUCAGUCGCUGACCUGGAGGAAGCAGCACCAGGUGGACUACCUGCUGGAAACCUGGAGUUCACCACAGGUCCUGCAGGACUACUACACCGGGGGCUGGCACCACCAUGACAGAGAUGGUCGUCCAUUGUACAUCCUAAGGCUUGGCCAGAUGGACACUAAAGGACUGGUCCGCGCUCUGGGAGAGGAGUCUCUACUCAGACAUGUGCUGUCUAUCAAUGAGGAGGGCCUGAGGCGCUGUGAGGAGAACACCAAGGUGUUUGGGCGACCCAUCAGCUGUUGGACUUGUCUGGUAGAUCUGGAGGGGCUGAACAUGCGUCACCUGUGGCGUCCCGGAGUCAAGGCGCUGCUGAGGAUCAUCGAGGUUGUGGAAGCCAACUACCCAGAGACUCUGGGACGGCUGCUCAUCCUUAGAGCUCCCAGGGUCUUCCCUGUCUUAUGGACACUGGUGAGUCCAUUCAUUGAUGAAAACACCCGCAAGAAGUUCCUCAUCUAUGCAGGCAAUGACUACCAGGGUCCUGGAGGUCUGGUCGACUACAUCGACAAGGAGAUCAUCCCCGACUUCCUGGGAGGAGAGUGUAUGUGUGAGGUACCAGAAGGCGGCCUGGUUCCCAAAUCCAUGUACCGCACAGCCGAGGAGGUGGAGAACGAGGACAUCCGCCUGUGGACAGAGACAAUCUACCAAAGCGCCAGCAUUUUUAAGGGAGCGCCGCAUGAGCUGCUGAUAGAAAUCAUCGACGCCUCCUCAGUCAUUACCUGGGACUUUGACGUCUGCAAGGGCGACGUAGUUUUCAACAUCUACCACUCCAAGCGGGCCCCCCAGGCGCCACGCAAGGAGGCCUUGGUGGCCCACGGCAUCACCUCGCCAGUUGUCAACAACGUCCAGCUUAUCGACAAGUCGUGGACACUGGGACAAGAUUACAGCAUGGUGGAGUCCCCACUCACCUGUAAGGAGGGAGAGAGCGUACAGGGCUCCCAUAUAACACGAUGGCCAGGUUUCUAUAUCCUCCAAUGGAAGUUCCACAACAUGCCGGCCUGCUCUGCCACUAACCUGCCCCGAGUGGACGAUGUGCUGGCCACCCUGCAGGUCUCCUCACACAAGUGUAAAGUCAUGUACUACACCGAGGUGUUGGGCUCUGAGGACUUCAGGUUUGUAAAUGUAACCGCUUGCUGUGAUGUGCAGAGUUUGGGUUCGAUGACCAGCCUGGAGUCGAGCCACAGCGGCUUCUCUCAGCUCAGCGCCGCCACCACCUCCUCUAGCCAAUCACAAGCCAGCUCAAUGAUCUCCAGGUAGAAAAUGGAAGCAGAGGAUGUUAAUCCCCAUAAUCCCCCCCUGACUGAUCUUACCAUCAACCCCACAUUCUUGUUUUGGACUCUGUUCCUAUUGCACAGCCAGUCUCUUUAGAACUGAAGCAUGCUUGCACAAACAGAAGACAAAGAAUAAGAAUAAAUCUGAAGCAAAAAGAAAAAAAAAGAGACUGUGCAAAUUAAAGGGCGGAUUUUUGCACAAAGGUCAAAUAUUUUUUGUGCCUGGCGUCUCUGCUAGGCAGCAGUUAGAAUGAAGGAUUAGCGAAAUGCUUGUUUGCAUCACAUCACGUGCAGGGUGGGAAGGUUAAUAGUCAAGAAUUGGGUCGAGGGGCCUUUGUGGCACCGGAAGCUGAAAGAAGCAAUAUUCUCAUUCUGGGAGCGAUGGGACGGGACGACGACCCUGGAGGCGCUGUUACAUAUAUGCACUUACUUAUGUGUACAUUCACAUACACAGCACUGAGAUGAGAUGGAGCUCAUUCCUGUGCGGUGGCUGAAAAGCCUGAAUGUGCUGUUACAUACAUUACACAACACCAACAUGUCAACACACAAAUGGACGUUUGAUGCAAAAAAAAAAAAAAAAACGUGUUUGCCAUAUUGUUACCAGAGAGGUUUGUUUAAUCUGGUGAACUGUUUAUAGGUCAAGUGUGGGUGCGGUAAACUCUUAACUAGACCUGGGUCGAAUAUAUCACCUGCAAAUAAUGUUGUUUCUUUUAAACAGUGUGGAGUUAACAGAGUGGGUGGAGCUCACUGAAUCAUGACAAUACAGAUGGAGUAAGCAGAGUCUCCAGUUGACAGGAAAGUGAACCCACUUUUUCCUUUUAGGCGUCCGUUGUAUUGUCACUCAUCCGUCUCACGAGGGCUUUAUCACACCUUGAGAAGCAGUUGACUAUUUGACCCGGGUCUGAAUCUCAGCGAAGUAAUCCACUAGAAGCAAUAAGGCGAGUUUGACUUUCUACUGUGUGAAAAGUUUCUAUUUAUCAUUUUGAUGUUUGUGGAGGAUCAUGGGUGCUGAAUGCAGGUGACCCUCCUGCUGUGGACAGGCAGACAGACGGGCAAACUGAGCCAGUGAACAGCUAAACUCUGUGGCAUCAGCAUUAUCACUUAUUGUCUCUGUUACCAUUAUGACAGGAGAGAAGCAAAAAAAAAAAAUGUCUUCCCAGAUUUUCUCCUGGGCACCUUUUAUUAUCUGUUACAUUGAAAUUUCAGUAAAUAUUACCUGGAAUGACCAGAGUUAGUUUGAUUCAGGUUCAUUCUCUGCACAGUUGUCGCUGAUUGGUCCGCACUCGCUAACCAAUACAAUGCCUGAAUUUGGAGGGUUCUUGUGUCGUUGGGCAGCACGCCUGUCAUUCGAUAUUUGUUUUUCCAGAGUGGUGUAGACUUCAGUGUGCAUUAGGGAUGAAUGUUACUUUGUGAUUAUCAUUUGGAGGCCUGUCGAUACGUUGAAACUGCACACGUGCUAGUGUUGGUUGGAGCUAAAAAGUUACUGAUAUUUUGGGGUGAGUUUUUGAUGAGGUGAAGCAGUGAGGUGUUUUUGCUGCAUGGUCACGUGGUGAUUGGGUUUACGGAUGUAUUAUUUAAAAGCUAAGAAAUAGCCAUUCUAAGAGCCAUGUGUCAAUAAAUACCAUUUUAGCCUUUGUAAGCAUCACCUAGAAACGUACCUGCUUUUUUUUCAAGGUCAUCACUGUAAUAGAUUGUGAAUUAAGAAACAUUUCUAAAUGCAACACAUCCAUGCAACAGUUUUUUAAAUACACUUUAUUUGGUUAAUGAGCACUGAUGGCUCCACAUAGAUCCGACUGCCUGCCGAGGGGAGAAAAGAUCAUCAUUGCCAGGAGUCAUCAGGUGCUGUUGCCAUGGUAACCGAGUGCAGCUCACAGCAAAAAGAAACAAAAAAAAAAAAUCAUGAGAUGGAGGCUUCCUCCUGAAACUCCUGGCUCUGCCUGUCGUUGUUUUUAAUACAUGGUUGUUUGUUACUGUAAAUGAAAGGUCAAGGGUUAACGUGUGAUAAAUAUGUCAUUAACUGCAAUAACAUGAGAUGCUUUGGUGAGAAAAAGGACCUCCUCAGACUGAGGGCUGUUAGGUGUGAAUGGUUGUGUAAAGGAGUACAGGUUAUGAACGGUGGCUUUUAAGAGAUGCCAGUAAAAUGUGUGUAAACACUGACUCUGACCCACAGAGCAAGUGUUUCUCCACUGACGUGUCUGGAGGAGCAUGUCUCCAAUCACACAACUAACCUUCCUUUACCUGAUUCUUUCUUGAGGAGACUAGAUUUCCAUUUCUUUAACGAUUCAACUGAUGAAACAACAAGUAGCAUCGGUUCAAUUAACUACUCAUAUUUCCCUUUCUCCCUCAUUGUCUCUUGUACACUCCAGUUUAACAGUUUUGGUUUCUAACACUCCACGGUGUGUAUUUAUAGAAAGCAGAGUGGACCUUUUGAUUGAAGCCAUAGGCAUAAACACUGAAGCUGUUCAUCAGAUCUCAAUGACAAGUGAGGGCUAUAACUGUUUGUCUUGACUGUUUAACACAUUGGUCUGUCUCUGCUAAUUUUUCUGACAUCGUUGCAUAUCUUCUCUUUAUCUUAAUGUGAGAAAUAAUGUAAAAAGUACAUGUUUGGAUUCAUGAGAAUAUGGCGCCUUUACAUGUUUUGAAAACAUUAAACUUGAAUUAUGAGCAAG